CGGCGCGCACGUGGAAACCGGGCUUGCUUCGCUCUCUCUCCGCGUUCUCCGGACGCUCGACCGGUGCUAUUUUCUGCCUGCCUGCCAUGGUCGAGUUCGAGGUGCACCGCGCACGGCUCUUCGCCUUUGUGCCGUCCGGGAUCCGGUGCGUGGCUGCGUCCCGCCCUUCUCACCACCGCCUGGCCGUGGGCCGCCUCGACGGCUCCCUCGAGAUCUACGACCUGCAGGCCAACAUGUUCCAGGAGAAGGUCAUUGCUGGCCACGAGACGAGGAUCCCAGAGGCGCUCUGCUGGGUAGCGGGAGACCGGCUCCUUGGUGCAGGUCUCAGUGGGGACAUUGUUGAAUACAACUUGGAGAAGCUGAAUGUCAAAUAUUCGUUGAAUGCUUUUGGAGGUCCUAUCUGGACGAUGGUGGCUGAUCCAACUGGGACUCAGUUGGCGCUUGGUUGUGAUGAUGGAUCCAUUAAGCUCUUCAACAUCUUACCAGAUAGAAUCGAGUUUGAGAGGCAGCUGGACCGACAGAAAGGACGCAUCCUGUCCCUUUCCUGGAAUCCAUCAGGGACCAAGAUUGCAGCUGGCUCCACUAACAUCAUCCGUGUCUUUGAUGCCAAAUCAGGCCAUGCUGUCCAGCGGAUCCUCGUGGACCGGUGCUUCAAUGGGUCCCGCAAGCGGUCGCCUGUGGUGGUGUGGGACAUACUCUUCCUUUCGGAUGGCACAAUUGUCAGCGCGGACUCUGCUGGGAAGGUGCAGUUCUGGGACUCGGAGAUGGGGACGCUGCUGUGGAGCCACCCUGUCAGCAAGUCAGCCGUGCUUUGCCUGGCUGGGUCUGAGGCAGAAGACAGUAUUGUGGUUGGCACAUCGGAGGGGAUGGUAUAUCAGUUCCAGCUGCUACCAGUUAAGGUGGACAGUGCUGAGCUCCAGUGGGUGCGAACAAGGCCCUUUCAGCAACACACCCACGAUGUGCGGACAGUAGCACAUCUUGCAACAACAUUAAUCUCUGGAGGUCUGGACGGGCAACUUGUGAUCCGACAAUUUAUGGAGAAUUUGGAUCCCAAGUCUUAUGUACCUUCCCUCCAGAAAGUCACCUUCCCUCACAGGUGCCUUGUCUCCUGUGCCCGGAUAGCCCGCCUCCUCCUCUUCCAAUACCCGAAACAUCUGGAGCUUUGGCGACUUGGAGCCACCAACACAGCAGGAAAGGCUGGUGAAGUCCUGCCUGUCUCCUGUCCCCCGGAACACCUUCUGCAACUCAAGGCCAAGGACCCUGAGCACAUUGCCAGCAGCUGUGUCUCACCCUGUGGCUCCUGGAUUGCCUACUCCACAACUUCCAGGUUCUAUCUGCACCAGGUCCAGCUCAGCAGCGACCACAUUGCUAUCAAGAGGGUUGCUAAGAUUCCAAAGGGGAUUCGCUCAGCCCACCACCUCCUUUUCUCUGCGGACUCCACCAGGCUCUUUGUGGCAUCGGACCAAGGUUCUGUGCACGUCCUCAAGCUCUCGCAGUCAGGAGUCUGCAAACACCUGCACACCCUCUGCCCCAGCUCAGAGACGUCGGAAGCUGCAUACCUGCUGGCGGCUAGUGCCAAUGGCCAGUGGUUAGCUGCAGCUAGUGGUGAUCGGGCAAUCAACAUCUACAACUUGGAAGAUGCCAAGCCUCAUUGCACGGUGCCUACAUAUGACUGCCCAGUGACUGCCUUGGCCAUUCACCCAGUGACCAAUAAUGUUGUGAUCGUCCACUCAGAUCAGCAGCUGUUUGAGUUCAGCAUCACCAACAAAGAAUACACCCCCUGGAGCCGGAAGAUGCAGCAGCUCGGGCUGCCCAGCAAUUGGCAGGAGUGGGAGACACCCAUCACCCACAUUGCCUUCAGCCCCCGGCAGGCCUCCCACAUCCUGCUGCACGAUGCAUUCAUGUUCUGCAUCCUGGAUAAGUCCAAGCCGCUGCCUGAGGGCUCUGCCUUCUUGAAUGACCAGCAGUCACAGGCACGGCUCUCCAAGGCUGCUCGCCAUGGCUCCAGGCCCGCCUUCAAGUUCUGCAAAAAGUACCAGCCUUUGCUGUUUGUGGACCUGUUAGAUAAGAAUCGCCUGGUGGUGGUGGAGCGGUCUCUGGCAGACAUCAAGGCGCAACUGCCCCCGCCUGUCUAUCUCAAGAAGUUUGGCACGUAAAGGCACCUGUCCCAGCCCUGCCAUGGCUGUGGCUGUUCCAUGCAAGGACUGUCAAGCAGGAAAAGAGCAAAAACCUGCAAGUCGGCAGUGUUGCCCUCCCAACUGCGAUAGUCCAGGGAAGCAACAGCUCAGGUGGACUGAAAGCAUCCCCUCUCCUCCUCCUCCUCCGAUCCAAAGCAAGUGAAUGAGUGGAGAGACAACCAGCAGGUCUUGGGAACCCGGCCAACUCCCAUGCCUCCUUCCUCCUCCCCUCCUCUGGGCCCUUGAGCUCGCUCCCUUCCUCUGCAGCGUUAUCAGGCUGACGAAGUUGGCUUUGACCUUGGGAUCUAGGCUGGAAUGAAUGUUCUUCACUGUCAAUGAUUAACCUCCAAGAUACCAGCAAAUACUUCACAAGUAUCUUUGAACCUGAAGGGGUGGAAGUCAGCAGAAGGGGCCAGGCUGCUAUGGAAGAGACUCGUCUGCUGAUGCCUUUGUUUGCCCCUUUUUAAUAAUAAAAAAUAGUACCUGGCAUCUGUACAGGGCUUUUGAGUGUUCAAAGUGCUUCACUCACGUUACACAAUGCCACUUGGAAGGUGGGUCAGUAUUGCUGAAGGUGAGACAGAGAGAAAUGGGGGACUUGCUAAUUUUCCCCACUCAAUUUCUUGGCUGCUGCACAGGCUGAGCAUGUAUUAGAGCGAGUGUCCUUGUAGGUUUCCUCCCCAGUCUUGGGUCUACCAUGUGCCUGUCUCUGCUCCUCCAAAUGGCUAUGGUGGCAGCAAAUUCUAGUAUUCUCCCAGACCAGGCAAACUGGUUUCAGCCCCAUCAAGCAGAAACCAUAAGUCCAGCCAGCGAGGAAGAACAAUGCUUUGCCUGACCUUGACGUCUGUAUUUAUUUCCCCCGAAGUGGGGACGGUGAUGGUCCCAAGUUUCCAGAAUUCCUGAGGGGGUGAGAAGGAAGUGGCUACAGGGCUGAAAUGAUAUGUUUUGAGUUUCAGGGUGGGGGUGAGGAGAGUAGUGUUAUGCUGCUGGGUGAAGCUGUUGGACUGAUAGCCUGCUGUGUCCUUCGCUGUAAUUGAAAUGAUCAAAAUAAAUCUGACUGAAGAUGGGCCUGACUUGAGUGCCGUCUCUCUUCCAGCUGCGAGCUUUCCUCCCUCGCCUGUUUUCCUUCAAGUUCUUUUCUGGGCGCCAGAUGACGGUAUUGUAGUCAUGGCACUGUAGUUAUUGUUGUAUAGAUUUAUUGCAUAGAUUGAGCCUGUUUGUUUUUAAAUCCAGUGGCCAUUUUGAAGAAAACAAACCACCCUUAUUAGAAUUGUUUGUUCUCUCAACACAAGAACAUUACAAUUCAGAAAUAAUUAUUUUAAAUAAAGACAAUUCCAUACGUUCACAAAUAGGUGGUUGUUGUUUUUUUCAAAUAAAGGGGGGAAGGCCUAGUUAAUAAAUAAAAACUAGGCCAAUACAAAGGUCUAUUAGAGCAGCUCCUGUAACAAAUUUGCAAAAUCAUUUAUGGUCUGUUGUGCUUGACUUUCCCAAUGAAAGCCCUUUUAAAACAAGUUGGUAUUGUUCCCAUUUUAUAGAUGGGGACUUGAAGCUUUGAGAGUACGACUUGCCCAAUGGUGUGGCAGAGGGUGGGCCUUAAACCCAGACUGGACCAUGUAAAGUCUAAAUCUUCACUGAGAUAGCCAUUUUGCUUAACAAGAGACAUUGCUUGGCUUUUACACUGUUUGGAAGCCAUGUCUUGUUAUCUCAGCAGGUCCAGGGUUAUUUGCUUCCUUCAAAUAUUCCAGGUGAAAGUGCCAAUAUUGAACACAUAUUCGACAGUUGAACACUGGGCCCCCUACAGAGCUCUGCCUCAUGCCAAAGUUGUGUUCUGACUUAAGACCUGGCACUGUUUCUUCCACCCAGACUCGAAAGAGCAGGUGGAGGCAGGCCGUUUAGCUUAACUCAGGCAAGGCAGAAGAUUUGGCUAUUCCUGCAACAGACAUCCCUUCCUGUCCCCAAGGCGCUGGAGCCGCAAAGAGUUUAUUCCGUAACAAGAGAUGUCCUCAGGAGUCCGGGAUCACUGCUGAUUACGUCUGCUCAUGUCAAAAAUAGCCUUCCACAGCCCAAGGAUCAGCGCCAAAGCCUCGACAUCAAGAAGGACUCUGGGCCACGCAAGGGCUUCGCUCCCCUCGUGGGAACCUACAGCCAAAUUAACGCCAAGCACUUGGGGCUGCAGUUGAACCAAAUCCGUCUGUCUCAACCUGCUGGAAAUCUUAGCUGCAGGCUUGCCUUAUUGGGCCUGUGUAAUAAGCUUGCAAAAUCCUCUUUUAAUCCAGGCUGCCUUUUCCUCAAGCGAAACGGGGGUGAUGCAAGUUGAAAUUGCUCUGAAGGAAAUACAGCCUGUCAAAAGACUUUUGCCCAUGUGGAGCAGCUCCCACUGGGGCUUUAACAAGUCCCUGGAGGGAUCAGGCCAGGCCAGGCUUCCCCAACCUGGUGCCCUCCAGAUGUUUGGGUCUACCACUGGCUAGGGCUGAUGGAAGUUGUAGUCCCAUAUAUCUGAAGGCACCAGGAUGUAGGAAGCUGGCCUAAACUUCAGCCCUGCUUAGUGUUCCAGCGGAGUUGUACCGGUAGUGGCCUCUAACCUGGAAUAGCUCCCCACCACAGCUGGCUCGCUCCAGUUGUUGUUUAAUUCAGACAGCCUCUUUGUGAUUUCAGGCCAUUCUUUUCAUGGUUAGUGGCCAGUGCUGUUGCUUGGACCCUUGAUCAGUGGGUGGGCACCGGGUACCGGGUUUUCCCUCUUGAUCGACCACCUUCCCAGGUUCACGAGCCCCAUCUGCCCCUCCCCUCUGCAGCACGUGCAGAAACUGCCUUCUUGACCGUUGUGCCUACUAUUGGUCUCAUCUGCUCAGUCCACCAGAGCCUGCUUUUGCACGCAGGGGAAGUCCCAAACUCACUUGAGCGUUUGAGACCCAUUGCUACCCUCACCUGGUUUAGCUGGCCAGUUGAAGCCGUUGCCUGUGGUGUGGCCACUGUCACAUGCUGACAGCUUCUAGCAGCCACAGGUGAGAGCUGAGUGCAAGGUGGGGACCAAAAGUGGGCAAACUACCCCAGAAGGAGCAUGACGUGUCCCCCACCAGAGGUACUACCCUAACACCCCAUACACCCCUGGGGAUACGUAAUACUGUAAAGAGAA